AUGUAUUUCUUCAACGGUUUCGUUUCUGCACUCGUACUCGCAAUCUCCAGCACCACCGUGCACUCCGAGUAUACUGAACACACAAAAUCCGCCAAAGUUCAUCUCGUACAUGUCGGGGUCAACUCGUCGCUUGUCUUUUCACCAUCUAGCGUAAAAGCGAAGCCGGGGGACACCAUUCACUUCCAGUUUCAUCAAAAGAACCACUCAGUGAUUCAAUCCACCUUUGAAGCGCCCUGCGCUCCUAUUAGUAGCGUGCAGUCCAACAUCACCGGGUUUGAUUCUGGCUUCAAACCAGUUGCAGCCGACGCAAAAGACUUUCCUAUAUAUUCGGUCAAGAUUAAUAAUACAAACACUAUCUGGGCCUCUUGUAGCCAGGUUGGCCAUUGCGCCAAAGGAAUGGUUUUCGCCGUCAACCCACCGUCAAACGGGACCAAGACGUUCAAACAUUUUAGAUCUCUCGCUAUGUCGGGAGCUAGUGCUGCGAGAUCUAGCGCAGCUGUGCAGACCCCGAGAGCAUCGCCAUCGUCUGGUAAAGCCGCUGCUGCUUCAUCCUCGGCGGCAGUGGCACCAAAGGCUACUGGAGAAGGCCAUAAAGAAUUAGCUAAUAUGAUGCUCGUGAUGCUGCUGGCGGUGUUUGGAGGCGCAUUCAUUAUGCUGUAA